AUUGUUUAUAAUCGUUUAACCUUGAUUCCCGUGGAUAACACAGUUUUAUUAGGAACACGAGUGGUCAGGUUCUAGAAAUAUCACGGAAGCUUCCAACAUGGCUGGUCUGUUUGGUUCGAAUCCCUUCUCGACCCCAGUUGGCCAAAGAAUUGAGAAAGCUACAGACUCGGCUCUUCCAUCAGAAGACUGGACUCUAAUCAUUGAAAUUUGUGAUAUCAUCAACGAAACAGAUGAUGGACCAAAAGAUGCAAUUAAAGCUAUACGCAAGAGGUUAUCAAAUCAAAAAAAUUACAAAAGUAUCCUCUACACACUUACGGUAAGCGAAGCUUGUGUAAAGAACUGUGGUCCAAGGUUCCACAAAUUAGUGGCUUCCAAAGAAUUUUUGAAUGACUUCACAAAAAUUUUAGGACAAAAGGGUCAGCCUAGUAAUAUGCCACAAGUUGUUAAUGAAAGAGUGUUGUCACUUAUCCAAUCUUGGUCAGAUGCAUUUAGGAACGCACCAGAACUACAACAAAUUAAAGUUUGUUAUGAUAAUUUAAAAGCUCAAGGUCACGAAUUUCCUGCUCAGGAUUUAGAUACUUUGUCACCGAUAUUUACACCUAAUAGGUCUGAGCUAGCAGGUCCUGAACCACAAAUUAAUGGAACAAGGGCAAGGACUUUCGCUCCUCCGCCUAUGCGUAGUGCUACUGUGAGGGGACAACCACCUCCACAUCAACCAUCAGGACCAAUUAAUCCAACACCUGAACAAAUGGCAAAAAUGAGAAGCGAGUUGGAUAUUGUAGAGGGAAAUGUACGAGUCUUGUCAGAAAUGUUGUCAGAAUUGAAACCAGGCCAGGAAGAGCCGAACGAUUACCAACUUUUAGUGGCACUCAACAAAACUUGCCGUGAGAUGCAAAAGCGUGUUGUGGUUUUGGUGGAUCGGAUUGCAAACGAAGAAGUGACAGGUGUGUUGCUUAAAGUAAAUGAUGAUUUGAACAACAUCUUUAUCAGAUAUGACAGAUAUGAACGCAAUCGUAAAGCAGUGACUGGUGAGGUCUCACGCGAGGAUGCUGUUGACGAUUCAGACAUUAAACUUGAAGACAAAGGUCCCAGUGCUUUGAUUGAUUUUGGUGAUCUGUCAAGCGACCAACCGACUAGAAAUGACGCCGACGAUGAAUUCGACAUGUUUGCUCAGUCACGUGGUACGACAUUUGCAGCUAGUCGUGAAGCUGGUUCAACGUAUGACGACAACAGAGAAGGAGUGCCCAAUGAAGGGAGUAUAGCGGGGGUGAUGAGUGCAAGAGGACCCUACCCGAAUCCCCCUCCUGCAACUGUAGCAGACAACACUGACGGAAAAGAGGUCAAGCUUGAAGACGAUAUUGAAGAUGUGGAAAAAUGGCUGCAUGGUAUGGAUUUGGAUAAAAUGGAAGCCGAUGAGAGAGCCGCAAGAGAAGCCGCCAUGAAAGAGAACGCCCCAAAGUACACCGUGCAGACGAGCGAUAAUGCGAACUCGAUGAGCAGCUCAGAAUUCGAUCGAUUCUUAUCCGAGCGAGCUCGUGUUGGAUCGCAACGCGUGUCCACGUCUCCGACUGAACCAGCGAGGCAAUUGACUAAUGUUGCCGGAGAACGCAAAAAUGAAGAAAUGUUUGGUUUAUAAUGGCUGACUAUUUAUUAUAAAUAUUGAACGUGUUUUACAAUACCGUUCUUUUGAUUUGAUUUUCUUCAUGAAAAGCAUUGCAAAAUAACUCCUUUUAAAAGUUAAUUUUUUAUUUAAUUUAUUGUUUUACUUGAUGAAAGAUACUCAGAGAUCUAGGUGCUAAGUUGUCAAAUAAUUGUCAUCUUGUUCAGAAAAAACUUUAGUGGAAGUCAAAUCGUUUGAAAUCCGAUGGAAAAGUUGUUGCAACAUCUAAAAAUUCUUUUUUUGCAGAAAUAUUUUCAUAGGAAGAAUCUUUCGUAGAAAAUUGUAAUAAAAUUUGCGUUAUUUAAAUUUUGUUAGUCUUAGAAUUUUUUGUAGUGGCACCAUAAAAUAAGCCUCAUAUUUUGUUUUGUUUUGAGCCUUAGGAUUCUUAGCAAAUUGAAUUCCCCUUCUUUAAAUUAUUAAAAAAUGUAAUGACGUCAAGGUCAUAAUUGAAGAAGUGAGAAGAGACAAUUUGAUUACUUCUACACUAUAAGUUUUUCCUAGGGAAAUGUUGUAUAAAUAAAUUUCAGACUAAAUCCCAAUUUUGCACACACAAAAUUUGGUGCCUCAGUAGGCCUCAGUAUUAUUCUUAGAAUUCUUACAAACAAAGUGUGUAGCGGUUAUUUCAAACAAGUUCUCAACAAGUUUUGUUGGAUGGGAAUACAUCACUAAAACGUAAAAAGUAGAGAAUUUUUCGUGUUAUAAGACAACCUUUGAUGUAAUAAAUAUUUUGAACAUAGAUUUUAUUUUA